UAGAGUUUCUGAUUGGUUCACAAUGCUGUCAAUCAUUCCGGUAGGAUCAGAAGGGGCGGGACUCUUAGCCGAGCUGUGGGUACGCUGCGGCGUCCAGAAAAUAGAUAAACAGAAUAUGCUAACCUAUGAUUGACGCAACUAAGUUACAAACUCAUCCAACUAGAUACUGAUACGCCAAACAGAAGAUGUCGGAGAGGAGCCGCGCGCUUGUCUUGUGAUUUACACGCGUUUGCCCAGCCACCCAUCACGAACAGCAGGCUAGUUAGCAGCAUGAUGAUGGCCAGCUGAACAUUGUUGUGCCUUCAGCUCGUUUUAUUAUCGCGCUCACGGUUUUCUGGUUAAACCUUCAUGCUUUCCUGCUUUGAAUUGUUGCCUUUCAUGCAUCCUUUCCACAUGCACUCCUAGAAUCGUAGUUAUCUGACCGCCGGAGCUGCUCAGGUUUAGGUUCUUGUGCGCCGUUAAGCUAAGCUAACAGCACAGGAAUGGUGUGCAUGGGCCAAACCCCUUUCACAUAUUAGCUCGCAGCUAACCAUUUGCUGGAUCUACUAGAUUAGACCAUAACGUGGAGAGUUUUCUAGAAAGAAACGCGGUGCAGCUCGAGCAAGCAGAAUGUUGGUUUGCAGAAACCCAAGGAUCACUUCCUUAGGCAUUGAUCGAGACCUGCAUUGACCCUUAACAACAACAACAACAACAGAGGCCCCGGUCUUUCUAUACAGGCUGCAAAAUGAGCACACAGUGAACUGUGACAUUGAUCUGCUUUGUGCCUUUCAACAAUGUAGCUUUGCAACCUGCGUGCUUUUUUGCGUCAUACGUUACAAGGACAAUAAAGAUGAACAAUCAAGGAAUCAUGUCACAAGAGAAGAUGGAGCUGGAUCUGGACAUCCCGUCGACACUCGAUGGGCACUUGAGACGAUCUAACAGUGAACCCAUGAUAAACGGCCUGAGUGAUGCUUCUCAGGUGUUCCAGAGAGAGGUUCUCCGCAGCAGAAGAAACAGUACUACUGUAGUGCGACCCAAUGUGGUUCCAUCUUCACCAGUACGUGUUCCUAGCACAAGACUGCAGAGGAUCAAACAGGAAGAGGGUGUUGAUGUGAUGAACCGUGAAACUGCUCAUGAACGAGAAGUGCAGGCAGCCAUGCAGAUGAGCCAGUCUUGGGAGGAGAGUCUUAGUCUGAGUGAUAAUGAUCUUGAGAAAUCUUCGUCGUCAUCUCCGAAGCGGAUUGAUUUUGUGCCUGUGUCUCCUGCUCCUUCGCCCACCAGAGGGAUCGGAAAGAAGCAGUGUUUCUCUCCGUCUCUUCAAAUCCUGGUGACCAGUAACGGAUUGACACCCAGCCCUGUUCCCAGCCCGACACGCCGCUUCAGCAGGAGGAGUCAGAGCCCGAUCAACUGCAUCAGGCCUGGUAUUCUGGGCCCUCUCAAACGCAAAAGUGAAAUGGAGACCGAAAGCCAGCCGAAGAGACUCUUUCAGGGAACCACCAACAUGCUGUCCACAGAGGUGUCCCACUUGCCUGAACUUAACACCUGCAGUCUGUCUCCAGAUCUUCUGGAUGGGAGUCUCAGUAGCGUCGGCUCCUCCUCCGACUCUCCCGCCAAGAUGGAAGGAGUGUCUCCCUCCUCCAGUAACUCGCCCCUCACGCCGCUUCAGGACCUCUCCCCUAAGUGAUCCGCUGAGCGUCACGGACAUCACAGGAGGACUGGGCCGCUUCUCAGGCCCUUUUCCACUCAUUUUACUUUUGUUCCCAAUGCCUUCCCAAAAUGGCUUUCGUUCUUUUCCUGAAUUGUUCUGUUACGUUACAUUUAAAGCGAGGUGCGAGAGUUUUCCGUGUGGGACAGACCCUAAGGGCAUGGAGAGACUGUGGAUGUUUUUUGCAUCAGCUGCUAUAAAUAGAUGUAAAACAUGGUGUAUAGAUCUGUAUCAAAGCGAAGGACAUCACCGAGGAGGAACGUGGAUUUUGUUUUUUGUUUUGGUUCCCUAAUGGGGCAAUUAUCUUUUUGAUAACGCUUUGAAAAGAAAACUGCUGUAAACAGGAAAUCAACUACAGGCACGUUCUUUGCUUUACAAUCUCAGCUUGCCAACCGGUAUUGUGUGUGAGAAUUUAACUUAUUUUUUUUUUUUUGCUUUUAUUUGUAUGUAAGUAUGUACAUAAGAUUUGUGGCAAAACUUGCAGAAGCAAAGAGCUCGACCGGCAAACUGACAGUCGCCUCUUCUGGAGUUUUAUUAGCGGUGCAACUGCACUUUAAAGGGGCAGAAUUUCAUUUUGGGCUUUGGUCUGAAUCUGCGUAUGUAGUUUUUCAAGAAUGUUCUUUUCUUGAUUUUCAAGUAGGUGGAGGAAACGUGUUCAGAUCUUGGCACUUCAUUCUCUGUUAGAAUGAUAUUCAUGGUUGAUGUACACAGCUACUGCAGAUGGGAUUUAUUAUUGCAGCUGUUGGUAACCACUAAACCCUCGAUUUGAACACUACAGAGAAACGUAACUGCCUGUUGAAGCUUGUCAACCUAAAGACGUGCAUACAGCCGUGUUGUCAGAGAAUGGCGCACGACAUUUGUUAUUCAGGAAGGAUUUGGAGGAGAAUGCGCUCUACAGGUGCAGUUAAAAGCAUUUUCGGGGGUUUUCAGAGGCUGUUAACAGUCACUCGUUUGGCAGUUUAAAAUGUGGAGCCGAAGUGCAAAGAAAUGAAACCCUCUCAUCAAAAAUGUCAUUUGUGGAGUUUUAAAUGUAAUCUACUGAUACCGAAACAAGUGUGCCAUUAAAUUUGUAUAUAAGAGAAAUGUACAACUGUAAUUGUACUUCAUUGUUUGGGGCUGUAGUUACUUUAGGAAAUAGUGUUUUCUUUUGUAAAUGGUUUUCUAAAUUUCAUUACAAGAAAUUGCUUUAUUUCCUCAAGCAUGAUAUGAUGUAUCAUAAAUGAAUUUUUCUGUGCAAGAAAGUGAUUGUAAAAUCUUUUUUUUUUUUCUCAAUUUAAGUGAAUUGUAAGAGUGAGGAUUUUUUUUUUCACGUAAGAAAAGUGACACCGCAGUGUAAAUCUUUUUCUGAAUGUCUUUGCAAACAAAAAUACAGUAAGUGGGUCGUGUGGAUCCAGAUUCUGUCCUGUAGUGAUGGGUGAAGUGUUUUUGUAGUUUGCUUCGCUGGUUUGUUUUUUGUCCUGUGGACGUGUCAAGAUUCUUUAUUUAAUGAUUUUACUGUGUCCUAUCGCCUCAUGCAGUACUUUUAAAGCCUGUGCACAUGAACUCUGUCGAGGAGGACUUGAGUGCUGUCAUGAGGACGUGUAGUUGUGCUGUCUGAACAAAUCUUGUUCCCAUCAUAUCAGAGACUUCCGGAUGUCAGAAAUAAAUUAUUUGUCCUGCUA